AUGGCACAAAAGAAGAAGUGUGCAGCCUCCCAUGGCCAUGGAAAUUUAGCAAAUAGAAAAGCGAAGAAAUCCAUUCUAAAACCUAAUAUUAUUAUUACCAACACAGAAAAGUUUGAUCAGAUUAGCAAUGGAGAAGAAGAAUCUACCCGAAAAUUCAAUCUUUCCAGAUGCCAACACAAGAAGAAGAAGAAUCAAAUUUGCAAAGGGAAGAGCAUUUCAAAUGAUAAUACACACCAGAUGGAGAUUCAUCAGGUCACAAGAAUUCAUUUCCAAGAGGAAAUAAUGAUGGACAUCCUCCGCACGUUACCUGUGCGGUCUCUUCUUCGGUUCAAAUGUGUUUCAAAAUUUUGGAAGUCAUUAAUUAAUGAUCCUUACUUUAGGAGGACACAUUAUAUUCAUAACAGGGAUGACCAAAAUUCCCAAAAACUUCUUACCAUCGAAAGGUUAUUUAUGAAGGAUUUUGACUUCUAUACUUGUUCUUUAUCGAUGCGUGAGGAUAAACAAAAGCUUGAUUGGCCUUCAAGCUGCAAACCAAAGAUUGCCUUAAUAUUUUGUUCUUGUGAUGGAUUGGUUCUUACUCUUGUUUCUUCUGGAGGAUAUUAUGAGGAACUUGUGUUGUGGAACCCGUCCACAAGAGAAUCCAGACUACUUCCCCAUCCAGAAUUUCCAGUGAGGACUUGUGUAUGUGGAUUGAAAUAUGAUGCAACUAGUGAAGACUAUAAGAUCCUUGCAAUUAGCCUGAAUGCAAUUGAUAGUUCUUAUACUUCGAUUCAAUUAUUCUCUCUAAAGAGUGGUUCCUGGAGAAGAAUUGGUUAUCCUACUGGCAUUAAGCCUAAGCCUGUUAGGGGUUUUAUGGAUAGUGGUAUGGAUUAUUUGGCAUUUCUACAUGGAGCAUUUCAUUGGCUUGCUAUGUCAUGCUCUGGAUAUUAUACUACCGUUUCAUUUAAUAUUUCAAAUGAGGUGUAUGGGGAGGUACCGUUAUUGGAGCAAAUGUUUGGUGUAAGCCCCCGCUACUACAUCAUCGACCAUGGUGUUUCAGUAUUGAGAGGAAUGCUUUGCUUUUAUUCUACACAUAAUCAUUGGACGGAGGGCAGGAUCGGCACUUUUAAGUUGUGGAUAAUGAAAGACUAUGGUGUCAGGGAAUCUUGGAUUAAGUUGAUUGAAAUACGAGAUACUAAUCUUUUCCAUUCAGCCAGACCAAAAUAUAUGUUUGCAGAUUGUGAAGUGUUACUACAGUGCAAAGGUAACAGAUGUUGUAAUUCUAUAUUCACGACAUCUAGAGGACCAUUUAAAUCAUGCCCUAAAUGUAAUAUCACUAAGCGUGGAAUUGUUUAUGCGGAGAGUUUCAUCUCACCUAAUUCACUUACUUAGUACUUGCAUAUGCUUUCUUUCUUUUUCUUAUGUCGAAGAUUAUGUAACAACCUUUCAUUUUAAUGAAUUUAUUUAUUGCUGCUAAAUUUUGGGUUCUGAAUGUAUU